UAUUGUCCCAGACAGAUAAGUGUCUAGAGGAGCAUAUGUUAGCUUUAUGGUGUUAUCCUUUUUGACAUGACAUAAUUAUUAGAAUCUGCAUGUGGGCAUCAAGUGCUGUUCUGAUAGUCAAUAAUAGAUCCUCGACAGCUAUUCCGGGUAUUUUAGGGAGUCUUAGCACUAAAGAAUCAAUAUGUAAAUAUUUGGAUGAUAGGCACCCACCAAGGCUGGUAAAACUGGGGAAUUGAUAGAAUAAUGGUAGCAGUGGGGUAGAUGGGUAUUCAAGUGAUGAUUAGUGGAUUAGUUUUUUUUUUUUUUUUUUUUUUGAUGAUUAGUGGAUUAGUUGGCAUAGGUUGUUUUGCUAAGUUAGUUGGGAUGAUUUUAGUUACUGUUAGUUACUAGUAUAUAUAUUUAAUAUAAGAAGUGAAUUAGGGGUCAUGUGGAUUGUGGUUUUGUGUGAACUUUGUUCUAAGGGAGAGUUGAGGUCUCUUGAAUAUCUCAUUGUUCUAGUACUAGCUUAUCUUUUUGUUCAUUCAAUGAUAAUUUCCAGAUCUGUCUAAUUUUCCAUGUUUUCUCUCUAUCCUUAUCUACUGUCCGUGCUAUUGAUUUGAGGAUCCUAUUUGGGGUCUAUCAUUGGAUCAUUUAUUAAUUCAGCAAAAGCUGAACCAACAAGCUCUUUGUGAUAAAUUUCAACUCUUAUAAUUGUAUUUUUAUGAAGAUUUAAACUCACUAAGAUUUUUAAGUGUGUUGACGUAGUUUUUCGCCAACAAUAAAUUAAGAAAUCCGAUAACAAAGAUAUUAGUGCUCUUUUCUAAACCGUAAUUAACUAGAUGAACAAUUUCUCACUCAAUACUUUUACGUGGUUUAGUGGUUAAAAAUCCACCUAGUCCACGAGACAAUAUUAUUUGUCUCUUACAAUUUCUGCAGAGGUUCUGUAUCAUAAAAAAGCAGUCCCUUUUCUUGUCCAUUAUCCCUGAUAUUUAUAGUGAAUAUUCUUGGACAGAUUUGGGUAACCGCGUGUAUAAAUAUGGUAAACAAUCAAUCAAGAUAAUUCCCAUUUACAUAGGGAUAUGAUUGCCUAUGGAAAAUACUUCCGUUAUCUUGGUCAAUAAAUAUGUAAUACAGCCCGGGCAUUAAUGAGUGUAAAAGGAACCUCCAAGUCUUUCGGGAUCCUUCACUAUGCGUCAUGAUUAGGUUUCCACGAUUUGAACAUAUUCCUCUAGUUGGAGAUCGAAGAGUGAAUGGACUGUAGUUCGGAUCAAGUUCAACAUAUCUGGAAGGCGACCUAACCAUUACAUGUCUCGAACUAGGUUAUUGUCCUGAGAGGCGAUCUAGAGACUAUCUGCAUGGCGCACUGUCAAGUCUUAAUUCGAUCUACUUACAUCGAAGUUAGCUAGAUAUUCUGCUCGCCUGCUUUCUCCAUGUGUUUAUCUGUCAGCUGUACCCCCUAGCCGAAUGAUUGAAUCGACGCUUAUUUUGGUGCACAACAAAGUGCAUAGAGAAAAUAACAAUUUAAUUUAAGCGAAAGACAAAAGAAUAAUUGCAAAUUGUUAUACUUAGGAUAUUUUUAUUUUACUAAAGAAUUAUGUAUAGUGUGAUAUUUAUGGUUGUUAGGGAGCAGUAUACUCCGUAAUAAAUUUGGGAGGAGGUCAGUCUAAGACAUUUGACCUUUGUCUCUUUUCCAAAAAUAAAAGUUAGGGAGCAGUAUAUUCUAACACAACAACUGCUUCAUAAUUUUAUUUUUAUCCUUUGUUUCUGAGCUUCACUUCAGCAGAGCAUUAUAAUAAUGAAGCAUUUACCUGUAACUUUGCAGAGAUAUAUGUGGUUCCAGUUUGUUUUAUAUGCUUGACCUCUGAAAAAUGGUUAACUUUACAGUCUGUUGUGAAUUCUCUAUAAAGUUAAAAAAUUAAUUGCUUGUAGAGGCAGCACAGCAGAAAUUAUGCUUGCUGCCCAUCAACGUUAAGCACUUAAUUUGCUGCCUAUUACCAUUAAGCACUCAAUAAUUUCUUUUGGAGAAUAUUUGUUAAUAGACGCUGUAUGUGGACUCUUAUGUUGAUUGUAAAUGGAGUCAGUGUGGUUUUCCUUAGACACAUUUGUGAUCUUUUGUGACGAUGGAUGGUUGAUUUGUUUGUGCAAUGGGUGAUCUGUUUGUGGAGCUAACAAGUUGGGAAAUGAGAGUAAUGGUUUUUAUGGUGAUUGGAGGGUAUCAUGAGUAAUUUUUGUUAGAAUGAUAGAGGAGGAAAUAGAAGGUUCGAUAUGUGGUCAGUUUGUAGAGUUUGGAGGUUUAUUGAAUAAUUUUGUAUGAGCUGAGCUCGUGGGAGUGUCCAGGUGUCUCUCGAACACCUGGAGUACUUUGUAUUUCCUUUGAAUAAUAAUAAUAAUAAUUUCCCACCAUUUCUAGCUACUGCUCACCUGGAGUACUUUGUAUUUCCUUUGAAUAAUAAUACUAAUAAUAAUAAUAAUAAUAAUAAUAAUUUCCCACCAUUUCUAGCUGCUGCUCUAUUGUGUUUCUGCCGUUUACCAGCUUGAGUGUAAUUUUAUUUCUUGAAAAAUAAUAUAACUUUUAAUUUUUAAAUUUACAGCUUUAUCUCUUCUCAAGUAGGGGUGAUUUGUGGAUGAUGACCAUAAAAAAUGAGGAAAUAAUUUCUGAAUUCUUUUUCUGUGUAUAUUUUACAACCUAAAGCAGGACAUAUUGUAGUUUUUUGAAUAAUUGAUAUUUUAUUCAUCAAAGAGAAUUGCCUAUUAAUAGGCAGAUUACAUCAGAAAACUAUAGGCUAAGCUAUACAAUUAACCUAGGUCAACUAAUCUCCUAAAAAUCAGGAAUAUACAAUAUAUUAGGAAAUAAGAUAAUUCGUUUUCCUUAAAGAAUUGAUACCAAAUAAAUACAAGAUAUUUACAUAAUUCUACACUCCCCCUCAAGCUGGGUUAUGUAUAUCAAACAUUCCCAGCUUGCACACUAAUUCAUCAAAGACAAUUCUAGGAAGGGCUUUGGUAAGAACAUCGGCUGUUUGAAGUCUUGAUGGAGUAUAGAUAGUUUGAACUAUGGCACUCUCAAUCUUCUCAAUGAUGAAGUGUCGAUCUAUCUCAAUAUGUUUUGUCCUGUCAUGAUGAACAGGAUUUUUAGCAAUACUAAUAGCAGCCUGAUUAUCGCAAAGCAUUUUUAUGGACUCACUUGCAAAUAGUCUUAGUUCACUCAAUAAUCUUUUUAGCCAAAUCCCUUCACAAACACCUAGAGCAAGAGCUCUAAAUUCUGCUUCAGCUGAACUUCUGGAAACCACUGAUUGUUUCUUACUUUUCCAAGUCACUAGAUUACCCCAAACAUAAGAACAGUAUCCUGAAGUACUCCUCCUGUCUGUUACGUUUCCUGCCUAGUCUGCAUCAGUGUAGACUUUGAUCUCUCUGCUAUCACUUUUCUUGAAUAGAAGACCUUUCCCAGGAUUCAUCUUGAGGUAUCUUAAGAUUCUAGUAACAUCUUCCAUGUGUUCUUCAGUAGGAUUGUUCAUGUAUUGACUGACAACACUAACUGAAAAACCAAUGUCAGGUCUAGUAUGAGAUAGGUAGAUCAGGCGUCCAACUAACCUUUGAUAUCUCCCCCUGUCUGCUGGUGUCAUGUUUUUUCCUGAACCCACUUUCUUGUUGGAGUCCAUUGGGGUUGAGGCAGGUUUGCAUCCAAGCAUUCCUGUUUCCUUCAGUAAGUCUAGAACGUACUUACGUUGAGAAACAAAUAUGCCAUGUCUUGAUCGAGCAAUUUCCAUGCCAAGAAAAUAUCUAAGAUACCCAAGAUCUUUAAUCUCGAAUUCCUUAGAUAAGAAAUCUUUCAAUCUCUCCAUCUCCUCCUUGUAGUCACCUGUAAGUAUUAUGUCAUCCACAUAGACAAUUAGGAUAGCUAUCCUUUUAUCUGACGAGAAUCUAACAAACAAAGUGUGAUCUGCUUGACAUUGAGUAUACCCAUUCUGAAUGAUUGCUUAAGUGAAUCUGCCAAACCAUGCUCGUGGAGAUUGUUUAAGACCAUACAAAGAUUUCUUGAGUUUGCGCACUUUGUCCUGAUUGGAAGAGUUCUCGAAGCCUGGCGGAAUGUCCAUAUAAACUUCUUCUUCAAGGUCACCGUUCAGGAAUGCAUUUUUCACAUCAAGUUGGUGUAGGGGCCAAUCUUUAUUUGUAGCAAGGGAUAACAGUACACGUACAGUGUUAAGCUUGGCAACAGGCGCAAACGUUUCUUGAUAAUCGAUUCCGUAGGACUGAGUGAAGCCUUUAGCAACAAGGCGAGCUUUAAACCUCUCAAUGCUCCCAUCUGCUUUGUGUUUAACGUUAAAGACCCACUUGCAACCCACGGAUCUCUUCCCAGGUGGUAGACUUGUGAUUGUCCAAGUACUGUUUUUCACCAAAGCACUAAUCUCAUUUUCCACAGCUUCUUUCCAUCGAGAAUCAGUCAGAGCCUCUUGAAUUGUGUGAGGAAUCUGUAUAUUAUCAAUAACAGAGACAAACGCCUGAUAGGAUGGUGAUAAUGUUUUGUAAGAUACAAAAUUGCCAAUAGGAUGUUCUGUACAUGCACGAACUCCCUUUCUCAAUGCAAUCGGCAAAUCUAAAUCAUCAUUUAUUUGAACAACAUUAUCAUGGUUAGAAUUACUUAAACCUGAAUGAGUUUCUGGAGAAUGAGGAUCCGGUUCCGAUGCAUGGUGGUCCUCCAGAUGUGUUGUGUGCUUUAUAUCUUUACCAGAUUUUUUUCUUCUCGUAUAGACACGAAUUUCUGGUUCUUGACAAGGUGCAAUAGCCAUGGAUGGACCUGGAGAGUUUUCAAUGAUUUGGGAACCUAUGGAUUUAGGGGAAGAUGAAACUUGAUGUUCUAUGAAUUGAGAGUUGGAAGAAUCCUCAUGGUGAAUACUCGGAGAUGAAGUAUUAUUAAUACUCGGAAUAGUGUCCCAAAGAUGAGAUUCACCUGCAUUCUCCCCCUGAAUCUCAGAUUUGUAGUAAGCAUGAUUUUCAAAAAAUGUGAUAUCCGUAGUGUUAUACAUUUUCCGAGUUAUAGGCGAAUAACAUUUAUAACCCUUUUGAUGAGAGGAAUAACCAAGAAAAAUACAUUUGAUAGAUUUAGGGUCUAGCUUACUACGAUUUUGAGAAUGAAGAUGAACAAAGGCUGUGCAACCAAAGAUCUUAGAAUUAAGAAGACUAAUGAAUUUCGUAUGAGGGAAUGAUUGCAAAACUGUUGACAUGGAGUUUGAAAGUUAAGUACCGGGAUGGCAUUCGGUUGAUUAAAUAGGUGGCUGUAAGAACCGCUUCUCCCCAGAAAUAUUUGGGAACUUGAGUAGAAAACAUGAGAGAGUGAGCAACUUCUAAGUGAUGUCUAUUUUUCCGUUCAGCAACCCCAUUUUGUUGAGGAGUAUCAACACAAGAGGUUAAGUGUAGAAUACCUUGUUGUGUGAGGUAAGGACCGAGAAUAGAAUUGAAGAAAUCUUUGGCAUUGUCGGUCUUGAGGAUUUGAAUUUUAGUAAGAAAUUGAGUUUGAAUCAUAGAAUGAAAAUUUUUAAAAAUUUCACUUACUUCUGAUUUUGAUUUUAUGAGAAACACCCAAGUUAAUCUAGUAUGAUCAUCGAUAAAAGAUACAAACCAUUUUUGUCCAGUUAUAUUGUUUACACAUGAAGGACCCCACACAUCGCUAUGGAUCAAUGAAAAAUGUUUGGAAGAUUUAUAUGGUAUUCUAGAAUAGGUAUUUCGAGUGUGUUUCGCAAAUUGACAGAUUUCACAACAAAAAGAGUUUGGAUUUUUAUUAAUAAAUAAGGAGGGAAACAUUUUUGACAAAUAUAGAAAAUUCGGAUGACCAAGACGAUAGUGCCACAACAUAAUAUCACUAUCUUUAGUUGAAAUAGACUGAUUAUUUAAAGAAAACAAACUGAAUUUCUGAGUUGUUCUAACGGAUGGAGUGUCAUCUUGUAGGAUAUAGAGCCCAGAACACAUCUUAGCACUGCCAAUCAUCUUCCCCGAAUCCAAUUCCUGAAACACACAAAUUUGAGUAAAACUUAGUCACAAAGUUUAGGUCACGAGUAAAUUUACUAAUAGACAGUAAAUUACAAUCCAGUUUAGGCACAUAGAGAACAGAAGUGAGAGUUAGGUUCUGAUUUAUGUUGACUGAACCAGAACCCCCAACUUUAGAGGAUGUGCCAUCUGCAAUUUUCACUGUAUGAUGCUCUGGACUUGUGUGAAAUUCAGAAAAAAUAUUUGCAUCUCCUGUCAUAUGAUCUGAUGCUCCCGAAUCAAGAAUCCAAGGGUUAGUAGUUGUUUUAUUGACAAUAAAAGCUACUGAAUGGUUACCUUUCAUGGCCAACAGCCCUGUACCAGGUGUAGUAUUCGGCUUUGCAGCGAUGUGUGACUGACUUAGGAGUUUCUGAAGUGCCUCUAACUGUGCUUUAGUGAACGGUGAUGAAUCAGAUGUGUCCCAUUUUCCUUCAGCAGCAGCAGUAUUUAAAAUGGCAGCGACAUUCCCGUGACUCUCUUUGUCUUUCCAUGAUUUCGGCUUCCAAUCAGCAGGUUUUCCAUGAAGUUUCCAGCAUGUUUCUUUGAAAUGCCCAGGUUUACGACAAUGAUCGCACCAUGGUCGACCCUUCUGCUGUCCUCUUGCAGCAAGAGCAGAUGACUCUUGAGUAGAUGGAAGAGGAGAAGCGCCCAUCAUGACCUUCUUUCUGCUUUCUUCAUGUCAAACCUCAGAGAAUGCUUCUUUGACUGUCGGAAGUGGCUUGAUACUCAUGAUCCUUAUUGAGACCAUGAAGAAAUUUGAAAGUUCUCCUUUUCUCUACAAUACUCCGGUAUAGAGUAGUAUCAUCUGCACACUUCCAAGAAUAGGUUUCAAAUAGGUCCAAUUGAUGCCAAAAAUGAGCAAGAGUGUUAAAAUAUUGUGUGACUGUAGUAUCUUCUUGGCGGAGAUCGUAAAGAGCGGCUUCAAUCUCAAAUAAUUCUGAUGUAUUAUCAGAAUGAGAAUAAGAAUCUUUGACAGCGUCCCAAAGUUCCUUGGCUGUCGAAUAUAAAAGAAAGUUUUCUCCUAUAUCAUUAUUCAUUGAACUAACCAGCCAGGACUUGAUCAUGUGAUUAUCUAUUUUCCAAGUUUUAUACUUUGGAUCAUCUGAUUUUGGAGUCUCAAUCUCCCCUGUGAGAUAUUCCUCCUUCCCCUUUCCACCGAUAUACAUCAUUACAGACUGUGACCAUUGAAGAUAGUUAUGGCCAUUGAACUUGUGGCUGGUGACCAAAGAAACAACAUCAUUACUGUGAGAUGAAGAACCGAUUGAUGCAUGUGGAUUAGAGAGGGUUGAUGGAUAGGAGGAUGCAUCUGAGUUUAGGCUUUCUUUUCCAGUAGCCAUGGUGAAAGUGAUGCGUGAAAAGAUGAACAGAGGAGAAGGGCUGGUACGAUUUAGAGAAAGAAUGAGUGGAAAGAGGCUGGUGCGAUUAGGGCAGAAAAGAAAGAGAAGGAAAAAAAAAAUAUUGCGAUUAAAACCACCCCGCUCUGAUACCAUGUAGUUUUUUGAAUAAUUGAUAUUUUAUUCAUCAAAGAGAAUUGCCUAUUAAUAGGCAGAUUACAUCAGAAAACUAUAGGCUAAGCUAUACAAUUAACCUAGGUCAACUAAUCUCCUAAAAAUCAGGAAUAUACAAUAUAUUAGGAAAUAAGAUAAUUCGUUUUCCCUAAAGAAUUGAUACCAAAUAAAUACAAGAUAUUUACAUAAUUCUACACAUAUAUAGGGUUUUCAUAUCAAUCCCCUUUAAUGUAGAAUGAAUACAAUAAAUGGUAUUCCUAUAAAAUAGGAAACUGAACUGGAAAAACAAAUCAAGAGGAUUUGAUUUCUUGGCUGUCAACACUACCCCUCAAGCUGGACUGUAGAUAUUGAUGAGUCCAAGCUUGUUUGCUAGGAAAUCAAAUACUCGCUCGGAUAACUUCUUUGUGAGAAUGUCAACCAGCUGUUGAUCCAUAGGAAAUCAAAUACUCGCUUGGAUAACCCCUUUCUGAGAAUGUCAGCUAUGAACAUAUCUAAUGCUGACAAUUCCUCUUAUCAAUCUUUUCUUUAAUAAAGUGAUGAUCCACUUUCACAUCUUUAGUUAUGUCAUGAUGUAUAGGGUUAUGUGCAAUACUGAUGGUAGACUGAUUAUCACAGUAAAAGCUGAAUGGGAGUUUCAUACUCAAUCUUCAAUUCCCCUAAUAGGCAUUUGAUCCAUAUUGCUUUGCACACUCCAUGGGCCAGCCAUGGCUCUAUACUCUGCUUCUACGCUACUUCUUGCAACCACUAUUUGUUUUUUACUUCGCCAUAUUACCACAUUAUCCCAUACAACUAUACAAUGCCCAGAUGUAGACUUUCUAUCAUCAAUUGACCCAGCCAGUCUGCAUUUGUGAAUACUUCAACCUUCCUCUCGGUUGUCUUUCUGAAUAGAAGGCCUUUUCCUGGUGUUUGCUUGAGAUACCUCAGAAUUCUGUAUACUACACUGAGAUGUCCUUGACAUGGUUCAUGCAUAUAUUGAUUAACCAGACUUACCGCAAACGCAAUAUCAGGUCUGCUAUGUGAGGCAGAUAAGUUUCCCUACUAGCUGCUAGUACCUUCCUUUGUCAACUGGACUUCCUUCAAACAUUCUCCUCUUGUCUCCAAGCUCAAUUGGUGUUUUGCUAGGCUUACUGCCAAGCAUUCUCGUCUCUUUUAAGAGAUCAAAAGUGCAUUUUCUUUGAGAUUUAUUAAUACCUCUUUUGCUUCUAGCAAAUUCUAUACCCAGAAAAUACUCAAGUGCACCGAGAUCCUUAACUUCGAAUUCUUUUGCCAACAUUUCUUUGAUCAGAAUCAUCUCUUCAGAAUGGUUGCCAGUGACUAUAAUGCCAUCCACAUACACGAUCAAUACUUACAUUUUCCUUUUUUCUGAGUGUUUGAUGUCCCUUGACAGCUUUCAAGAACUGAUUGAACCAAGCUUGCGGAGAUUGUUUCAGACCAUAAAGAGAUUUGUUUAGCUUACACAUUUUGGUUGUAUUGGGAGAUUCUUCAAAACCAGAAGGCUGACUCAUGUACACUUCUUCCAGCUCACCGUUCAAGAACGCAGUUUUUACAUCAAGUUGAUGCAAGUCCCAAUUCAAGUUGACUUCUAACGAGAGUAAAACUCUGAUGGUAUUGAGUUUCGCGACUGGAGCGAAUGUUUCGGUGUAGUCAAUUCCAUAAGUCUCAGUAAAACCCUUGGCAACUAACUGAGCUUUGUACCUCUCAAUAGAUCCAUUUGCAUUAUAUUUUACUGUAAACACCCAUUUGCACCCUAUUACUUUCUUGUCUGGUGGUAACUCUACUAAGUUCCAAGUUUCAUUUUGUUCGAGUGCUUUUAUCUCUUCAAGGACAGCUGUCUUCCAUUAGGGAGAAGCAAUUGCUUCAUUGAUGUUUCUGGGAAUCACAUCUGAUAGACUAGAGGUAAAAGCUUUAAAUGGAGACGAUAAUUUAGAAUAAGAGAAAUUUUGAAAUAGGGUGUUGAGUGCAAGAUCUAGUUCCUUUUCUUAAUGCAAUAGGAAUGUCAAGAUCUGUUCGAGUUUUUGAGGGAAGAGUACUUGGAUCAUUUGAGGGAAGUGGUUCUAUCACCGGAUCGGGCUCUUGACUGUGAUGAGGAUUCGUAACUUGUUUAUUUCUCUCUUCUAGAAUACACCCGAAGUUCUUUCUACACGUUUUGAUCUUGAGGAAGUAUUUCUAGUUCCAAGAUUUCUUUAGAGGAUUGAUCAAUUUCUGACUCUGAAGGAUCGAUCAAUUUAGAGGAUUGAUCAAUUUCUGACUCCAAAGGAAAUGGAGUUUCUAGGGGUAAUUCUAAACCCCACGACCACUGAGCUUCUUGCUCGUGAUGACUAUGCUCCUCCUGAAGCGAGGUGAGAGUGAAAUAUGGAGACUCUUCGAAGAAAGUUACAUCACGAGAGAUGUAUGAUUUUUUGGUUAAGGGAUAGUAGCAACGAUAAAACUGUCUUUAUGGCUCUAGGAUCAAGUUUACUCCUGUGUUGGAGUGAAUGAGUACAAAGGCAGUGCAGCCAAAAACUUUGACUGACAGAGUAUUAGUAGAAAUAUGUGGAUAGAGAGAUUGAAGAACAAGAUAUGGUGUCCUGAUCUGAAGAGGCCUAUCGGGGAGACGAUUAAUAAGAUAGGCAGCGGUAAGGAUAGCACACCUCAAAGAUAUUUUGGAAUAUGCAUUCUGAACAUAAUGGCACGGGCUACUUCUAAGAGAUGACGAUUUUUCCUUUCUGCUACCCCAUUCUGUUGUGGAGUAUCCACACGAGUUUUGAUGAACAAUCCCAUUUUGGAGAAGAUAGGGACUGAGGGUGGUAUUGAAGUAUUCAAUACCAUUGUCGAUACGAAGAGUGCGAAUAGAUGUUUGGAACUGUGUUUGGAUCGUUUUGUGGAAAUUUUGAAAGACUUGACAAGUUUUGGAUUUAUGGCUAAGCAAAUAGACCUAAGUGAUUCAUGUGUGAUCAUCAAUGAAUGUAAUAAACCAACGCUUACCAUGAGAGGUAGUGACUUUUGAGGGUCACCAUAGGUCACUGUGAAUAAUAGAGAACGAGCUGGAUGGUAUAUACAUUUUGUGAGGAAACGAAACACGAGUAUAUUUAGCAAAUUGACAAAUAUCACAUUGAAAAUCAGCAACCUUUUUAUUGAUAUGCAAAAAAGGAAACAAUUGUUUUAAAUAUAAAAAAAUUGGGUGUCCAAGCUGAUAAUGCCAUAACAUAAUUGUUCGAGAAUUUGAAUAAAAAACAGAAUGAGAAAUAGAACUUGAAGUCAAACAAUGCAAAAAAGGUUGCUCUUUUGUUGGAUUUUGAAAGUAAUAAAAUACAUCAAGAAUCCUUGCACUGCCAAUCAUCCUUCUUGAUGAUAGUUUCUAAAAUUGACAAGAAUUUGGCACAAAUUUAGCAAGGCAGCGAUUAUCAGAUGUUAAUUUGUGAACAAAGAUUAAAUUGCACUUUAAUCAAGGAACAUAGAGUAUUGAUUUAAGAAGUCAAUCAGUAGACAAUAUAAUGAGGCCAAUUUCUGCAAUAGGUGAGUAAGGGCCAUCUGCAAUCUUGACACUCGUUGUAGUAGAACAUGGAGAAAGAGAAUCAAAUAAAUGAGAUAAACGUGUCAUGUGGUCAGUUGCUCUUGAAUUGAUGAUCCAUGAUGUUUGGAAAGUGGAAGAGAAAUUACCAGAGUGUGCAACUGAGGAACUAUGAGACUCGGGACCAGACUUGGGUUUCAUGGAGGAUUGAUUGAGGAGCGUGUAUAAAUGUUCGAGUUGUUCCUUACUGAAGGAAGGAGUAGCAGUGACACUCUGAUUAGUGCUGCUCUCAGUCUGAGUUUGGUAGGCCUUUCUAUCAUUUUGACGACAAGGAGUCCAGUUUGGUGGCUUGCCAUGAAUUUCCCAACAAGUGGAGCGAAUGUGACCAUGAUGUUGACAUUGAUCACACCAAGGUCGGUCACCCUUACGAUUAGAUCAAGGGUCAGGAUUUGAUUUGGUAGGUGGUGGUCCUGACUUUGAGACAACUGGCGAGCUUUCUAGGGGCUGCAAUUCUGGAGUAGUGAGCAUGACGCGACGACGUGCUUCUUCACUUCUGACCUCAGAGAAAGCUUUUUCAGUGUCAGGAAAUGGAGAGCGACUAGCCAAAUGACCCCUAACUUCAUCAAGAUUACUGUUCAACCCAGUAAGAAACUCAAAGGCUCUUUCCUUUUCUAACUGUUGCCGCUGGAGUGUGGUGCAGUUAGAACACAAUGCUAUGGUAAUCAGAUACAAAUCUAGUUCCUGCCACAGGUCUCGUAAGUCUGAAAUAUAUUGGGUUACAGUGUGAUUACCUUGCUUGAUUUCUUUGAGUUUGGUAAAACACCGACAAGCAAUGACUAAUUUCUUUGGAUACUAGAUGUGAGAGUGUAGUGAGAGAGAGAGUGUAUGUCCAUGUCUAUUGCGCACCAUAACCCCACUGGUUAUGGGAAGAAAUAUGUCCAUUUUCCCACUGGAGUUGGACAAAAUUCUGGUUCGGGGGGUCCCAUCGGGUAUUCUGGUCAGAGGUAUUGGAGCUUUCGUACAGCCUUCAAGGUGUUCAUGCUGACCCUUUCUAAGGAUGGUGGCUCAGUAAGGAUCUGUGAGAGGACAAGACUAUCAGGUUAUGAGAUUUCAUUAUCUUUAGACGCUUCUAGGUGGCUGUUAGAAGUAGUGUGGUUGAUCGAGGCUAGAGCUGACCUUAGGGUGCACCAGAGGAGAACUUUCAGGGAUUAUUCCAUGAGGGUGUGGCUGGAAUGUUUUCAAAACGUUAGAGGAAUUUUUUUGAAGAUUUUCGUACUCAAAAAUAGUGCUUUCAAUUCGAUCAUCAUUCCGGAGGAGGACUUUGGGAUGGAAAGGACUAGAGGAUUGCCUGAGACACUUGGUUAAGAAGAAGGGCUUUGAUUCACAAGGAGAUCUCGGAAGGAAGGUGGAUGGAAAAGUCUCUUGGGCUUCUAUAGUUAAAGGAAACCCCAAGGAGGUGGUCAUGGAUGAGAAGGAAGGGGCAGUCAAACCGGAUAAUGUGUUAUUUAAGGAUUGCCACUCUCUGUUAACAGGGGAUGAGGCCUGUUUCGAAUGGAGUUUGGCUGUUUUCAUGUUCAGAAGGGAUAGUCGGUGCCCUUGGUCGGCUGUUCAGGAGGGAGUCCAAAGAUGGUGGGGGAAAAAGUUAUGUGUUUCGUAUUUCUCAGACGACAGGGCUCUAAUCUGGUGUGCAAACAAGAGAGAGAAGGAAAGGCUGAUAUCUACUGGCUCGGUUACUAUUCCUGAAUUGACUGCAGUCUCCUUUGCAAAAUGGAGUUGGAGGAAUCAAAUGGAGAACAGGAAAAUUUCUUGUAAACAUGAUUGGAUUGGUAUUGAAGGUAUUCCGUUGAAUAUAUGGAACCACCAUGUUUUCAAGGUGAUCGGCUCACUCUGUGGAGGGCUAUUAGCUAUAGACAAGCACACUUUGGAAAGGAAGAAUCUUUUUUGUGCCUAUAUUAAUGUGAAGGGGGAUGCUUUGGGUUUUAUUCCAAGCUUCAUCUCUUUGCCGUAUGACGGCAAUCAGUUGUCCUUGUGUCUGGUUAAAGCUCGAGGGAAGAAGCUUUUUCCGGUCCGCAAAUUCUGGGUGAGGAAAACGACCAGGAAGUCUGGGUGUGGCUCGGGUCCUGAUGAAGGAGGUUGUUCGGAGAAGCAGCAGGGGACCAACGCUGAGUACGAAGAGACGCGUGGGGUAGUGAAGGAGAGGGAAGGCGGCGCCAUGGUAGCCAUGGCUGAUCGGAAGUUGCAGACAGAAAGGAGAGGGUCGGCGCCAUACACGAUCACCAUUAAUGAGGUUACCGUUGCUUCACGUAACUCAUGCCUGCCAUUAAGGAGAAUAUUUAAUAGAUUAAAGUCAGACUUAUAUAUUAAUUGUAGAGGGAUGGCAAGCACGUGCAUCUAUUUCAAAAAGGUUGAACAUUGGCUUAAUGAACUGUGUGAAGAAUUGAAUGAACGGCUUCACUCUGACUUGGAUCAAAACAAAAGAAUUGUACGGACACUGACCCUGCAUGCUACAGCUUAUAAGUCCUGCGAUUCAGAUGCACAAAAGAAUUUUCCUUCCAAGUCUUGUCCCCUAAGGUAUGGAGCUGCUAAGAUGCAAGAAGAUGCCCUUAACCUAUUCCAAGCUGGACUACGUGAAUAUUUGGGAACUUACAACACCAGAGCGCUGGGAAGUCAGAACAAUGGAUGGAGAAUUACAGGACUUUCUGUUUCAGCUAGUAAAAUUGUUGAAAUACCUUCUGGAACAUCUUCAAUCAUGAAAUACUUCCAUAGUCAAAGUCCAUCCUCUUUGUUAUCGAAACAAUCACAUCAUUUUGUUCAAGAUACUGAUCAGCCGUCACAUUCAGGUGCUGAAAGCUGUUCAGAAAUGAAUUUAAUUCAGCAACAAACAAAUUUUCCUGAUGAAGAUACAAUGACCAAGGGCAAGAUGCCUUGUCUAGAUCAACAAGAGAACAAUAAGGAUUUGCAGAACGAACAGAUUCCAUGUUGCUUGCCUUUAGACCGGGGACAAGAUGACAUCACCCAAGAAGCUUAUUUGUCAACGCUAGGAACUGAAAGCUGUUCAGGCAUUAACAAAAGUGAGGAACAUGAAGUUUUUCAUGGGGAAGAAACUACUGGUCAAUGUGGCAUGUCUAGUUUGAAUAGACCGGAGCAAAAGAGAAAGGCAAUGAAAGAAAAGCUUGGCACACGUUCAAUCUUGAAAUUUUUCAAGAAAACUGACCCGUCUUGCUCUUCAAUUAAAGAACAUGCUGAUAAUUUACAAAAUGUUGAACUAGCAUCAACAGGAGUGCGGCUAACUGAAAGACCUAUAGAAGUCAGCGACAUCAACAAUGGGCAAUGUACUUUGACUCAGUCUGAACACAAAGAAGCAUGGAGUUACAAGAUUGAUGAAAUUGACUCUUCUGUGGUUGAUGAGUUACCACCAGAAAUUCAGGAAGAAGUUCGAUUGUGUCUCCGGCCUCAAAAGCGAUCAAACAUAGCUAAACGAGGUUCUAGUAUUGCUGAUUAUUUCCUGCCAACAAGGAAAACUUAAUAUUCAGCUCCAGUGUAUCCUGUACAUGAGCAUUUUCAUCUCAAAAUGGAAAAAACAUACAGCCCUUUUCAUAUGCGGGACUAUUCAAGUCCAGGGGAAAAAAAUGGAAGUGAAGCUCGAAAAUUCAACUACCUUGUGACUUUGUGAUUGUGUCUGGACAUAUUUCUGCUCUUUUUGUGUUUUUUUUUUUCAACUAGUAGUAUCGAUUUCUGAGACAUGUUAUAAAACUUGUUUCUGAUUUUUGUUCAUCAAGUUCUUGUUGCAUUGGAGGUAAGCAAUGAAAACAACAUAUCAUAUAAAGUUUAUUAGGGCUUUUCUACUGGUGUAAUUAGUAGCAAGUUGCUUUGCCACUUUUACAGGACUUGCAAAUUAUAUAAAAUGUGCUUAAAUGUAUAGUUCCAAUGUUAUUGGUUUAACAUCA